CCCUCCCCAAAUCACUGUUUCAAAAAAAUUUUCGUUUGUGGUCACCUGUUGUGAUGGAAGAUUUCCUGCCUCUGGUUUCCGUGACACUUUUAUGUUCUCUUGGAGCUGAACCUGAUCGGUCAUGGGUUGAACUUCUAACAGCAUUAAGUGCAGCAAAAUCACUUACUGUGCAUUCACAUAGUAAUACUCCAUCCAAAUUACCAAUGCUCAAAUUUCUGAAUUUGAAGCACUUUGAGUUCAGGGCUAGUCAUUGCUCUCUUUCGGAUUGGCUAUUAAUUAAUCAAAUUAUUGAAAGCUCUUAUGAGUUGGAACAUUUAUGUAUUGAAGAGGACACCAAAAUUCAUUAUCUUCCGGAGCCUAAAGAAUCUUUCUGGAUUGAACCGCAGUCAGUUCCAACUUGUAUGCUAAACAACCUUAGAACCAUAAAGUUUGUAAAUUUCAAGGGGCUGAAAUCGGAUAUAAAGUUUAUGACAUACAUGUUGGGUAAUGCUCAAGUUUUGAAGACACUAGCAAUCAUUUGCGAUAGCGCUCCCCUGGAAGAAGAAUUUCGAUUAACUGCAGAGUUGUUGAAGCUUCCAAGGGCAUCCAGAAUGUAACUACGGUGGAGAGAAAGAAGAAAGAUAUACAGUGAGAGAAAUGAAGAUAGAAAAAUAAUCUUGGAAGGCCUGUGACCAACGUAAAAGAUAGGGUAUAUAAAAGAUAUGGAAAAAGGCUCAUGGGAGAAUAAUUUGACUCCUCUAAAUUAUGACUUG